CAAACACAGUGAAGGCGCGACUUAACACAGCCUUCAAAAGUCCUGUGUACACCGCUGCUUUCUCGGUGCUGAAGCAUUAACCAGUAUAGCUGGUGCUGCUGUCUCUGGUUCGCUGCUGUUAUGACUCAGUCAAUUGUUGUUCAAGUCGGGCAGUGUGGAAACCAGGUCGGUUGCAGAUUCUGGGAUCUGGCUCUGCGCGAGCACGCACACGUCAACAAGAGAGGAUUGUACGACGAGGCCCUCAGCAGCUUCUUCCGUAAUGUGGAUCCAAGGAAAAGUGGUGGUGGAGCGUGUUAUGUUGGAGGGAGGAUCCAACACCUGAAGGCUAGAGCGGUCUUGAUCGACAUGGAGGAGGGCGUGGUCCACGGGAUCCUGCAGGGCCCACUGAGGGAAGUGUUUGACAGCGCUCAGCUCCUCACGGACGUUUCGGGUUCAGGCAACAACUGGGCUGUUGGGAACCUGACGUACGGCUCGGCCUACAGGGAUUCCAUAGUGAACAAACUGAGAAAGGCAGCCGAACACUGUGACUGUCUCCAGUGCUUCUUCCUCAUUCACUCAAUGGGAGGAGGUACAGGGUCCGGUCUGGGGACCAGAGUGCUCAGCCUGCUGAAGGAGGAGUUUCCUGAUGUUUGUCGCAUUGUCACUGCCAUGUAUCCAUCAGCAGAAGAUGAUGUCAUCACUUCUCCCUAUAACAGUGUCCUUGCUAUGAGAGAGCUGACGGAGCAUGCAGAUUGUGUCCUGCCUGUUGAAAACCAGUCUCUGGUGGACAUCGUGAACAAGAUCAGUCUCAUGUCUCAUAAUGCAAAACCUGGAUGUGUGCUAAAGAAAGAAAGCACAGUCACCUCUGGACAGGGGGGGGUCAGUCCAACAGAGAGGCCAUUUGAUGCCAUGAAUAACAUAGUAGCUAACCUGCUGCUCAACAUCACCAGUUCUUCACGUUUUGAGGGUUCUCUCAACAUGGAUUUGAAUGAGAUCGCCAUGAAUCUGGUCCCCUUCCCUCGUUUACAUUACCUAGUGCCCAGCCUCACGCCCCUGUACACACUGGCGGAUGUCAACAUUCCUACUAGAAGAUUGGAUCAGAUGUUCAGCGACGCCUUCAGUAAGGAGCACCAGCUGAUCCGGGCCGACCCAAAGCACAGCCUCUACUUGGCCUGUGCUCUGAUGGUCCGGGGCAACGUGCAGGUGUCUGACCUCCGCAGGAACAUCGAGAGGCUGAGACCAUCACUGCCCUUCGUGUCGUGGAAUCAGGAGGGCUGGAAGACGGGCCUGUGCUCCGUCCCCCCUGUAGGACACACCCACUCCCUGCUGGCGCUGGCCAACAACACCUGUGUGAAGCCCACCUUCAUGGAGCUGAGAGACCGCUUCACAAAGCUCUACAAGAAGAAGGCUCACUUACACCACUAUCUGCACAUAGACGGCAUGGAGCAGAGCGCCUUCUCUGAGGCGCUGUCCUCUCUCAGUGCACUGAUUGAGGAGUAUCAUCAUCUGGACGCCACAAAAGCCCGACUCAUACCGGACGCACCCAGACUCUCCAUUGCCAGAUGAAGAUCCACUCGGACAUUUCACAAAAUCCUUCCCAAUAAAAACACGCGCACCUUUUGUAAUUUUGAUAUAUUUAAUUUAUGAUGUGAAUAAAGUGAAAUUUUCUGUUGGACUUAAAAA